CUGUGCGUGUGGUUUCUGUGUGUCUGUGUUUCUCGGCGGCGGCGCGCGCGCUGCGUACGCGACGGAUCUGGCUGCGAAGAUGGCGGACGAGGAGGCCGAGCAGGAGAGCAACAGCAGCGGCAGCAGCAGCGUCGGCCUGGCCUUGUCUCUGCCGCGCUUGACCGAGCGGCUGCGGUCGCUGGAGGCGAGGCUGAGGGAGAGCGGCGAUCCGGCCGCGGCGGAGGAGGCGGCCACCGAAUACUGCCAGCAGCUCUGCCAGACACUUCUUGAAUAUGCAGAAAAAUGGAAGGCAUCUGAAGAUCCCUUGCCUUUGUUGGAAGUAUACACAGAGGCUAUCCACAGUUACAUUAAAGCACAACCUUAUCUUACCUCUGAGAGUGAAAAUGUAGCCCUUGUGCUUGAACGCUUAGCCCUAAGCUAUGUUGAACUUCUGCUGUGCCUGCCUCUUGAACUGUCUGAAAAUAAAUGGAAAGAGAUUCAGUCUUUUAUUCAGAUGGCACAUGAAAAGUUGAUGCAACGUGGUAGCUGUCAGUUACAGUUUUUAUCUCUUCUUGCCCAAGAGAAUGGGACAUGGAAGAAUCCAGUUCUUUGCAGUAUUCUUUCUGAAGAGCCACUGGAUCAAGAUAAAGUGGAUGAAUUUUUAGCAUUUGAAGGCCCUGUGCUACUGGGUAUGCGCAUUAAACAUUUGAUGAAAUCAAAGCAAUUAACUCAAGCAACUGCUCUAGCAAAAGUGUGCUCUGACCACCCAGAAAUCAGUAGCAAAGGGAGUUUUAAGCAAACCUACCUGGUCUGUCUUUGCUCUGGAUCACCAAAUGAAAAGCUAAUGCAGGAGAUUGCAGAUAUAGAUUGCAAAGAUGCUUUAGAAAUGAUCUGUAAUCUAGAAUCUGAAGGAGAUGAGAAGAGCGCUCUAAUUUUAUGUGCAGCAUUUUUAUCUCGACAACUACAGCAAGGGGAGAUGUAUUGUGCCUGGGAACUGACUCUCUUCUGGAGUAAACUACAGCAGAGGGUAGAGCCUUCUGUACAAACAUAUCUAGAGCGAUGCCGUCAACUGUCUGUAUUAACAAAGACAGUAUACCACAUUUUCUUCCUAAUUAAAGUAAUAAAUUCAGAGAUUGAUGCAGCUGGACUUGCAACUUGUAUUGAACUUUGUGUAAAAGCAUUGCGUUUGGAAGCUAGUGAGAAUACAGAAGUCAAGAUUUCCAUUUGCAAGACUAUAUCUUGCUUAUUGCCGGAUGAUUUGGAGGUUAAACGCGCUUGUCAACUAAGUGAAUUUCUACUGGGGCCUACUGUGGAUGCAUACUAUGCUGUAGAAAUACUGUACAAUCAACCAGAUCAGAAAUAUGAUGAAGAAAAUCUUCCAAUACCAAAUUCACUGCGCUGUGAACUUCUACUUGUAUUAAAAAUGCAGUGGCCUUUUGAUCCAGAGUUUUGGGACUGGAAAAUGCUAAAACGUCAGUGUCUUGCUUUGAUGGGAGAGGAGGCAUCAAUUGUAUCAUCAAUAGAUGAAUUGAAUGACACUGAAAUGCAUGAAAAGGUAGAAGACUGCCAGGAUGAGAACAAAGAAACAUCAGUGAAUGGACUUUCUGGAUGUUUUGAUGAAGCUACAAAUUUGCUUAGAGCCAUUAGAGAUAAAAAACAGAAAAACCGAGAAAUAAAAAAAUUGAGAGAGCGGGGAUUUAUAUCUGCUAGAUUCAGGAACUGGCAAGCAUACAUGCAAUAUUGUGUACUCUGUGACAAAGAAUUUCUUGGACACAGAAUAGUUAGGCAUGCACAAAAACACUAUAAAGAUGGAAUUUAUAGCUGCCCAAUAUGUGCACAGAAUUUCAGUUCUAAAGAAACUUUUGUUCCUCAUGUGACACUACAUGUUAAGAAGUCAAGUAAAGAGAGGCUGGCUGCAAUGAAACCACUGAGAAAGCUAGGAAGACCACCAAAAACAACAACCACUGGUGUGAACAAGAAGAAUAAUACUAUAGUUAAGCCGGAACAACGACACAUUAAAAAGAACAGUCUUUAUGCUGCGGAUUUCAUUGUUUUUAAUGACAAUGAUGGCUCUGAUGAUGAAAAUUAUGAAAAAGAUAAACCAUAUGUUCCAGAGAUAAUGCCAGUCCAAAAACCAUUGCCUGUCAAUGAGUUUACCUGCCCUGUUACCUUAUGUAAAAAAGGAUUUAAAUAUUUUAAAAAUUUGAUUGCACAUGCAAAAGGUCACAAAGACAAUGAGGAAGCUAAACGCUUUCUUGAAAUGCAAAGCAAAAAAGUAAUCUGCCAGUACUGUAGAAGACAUUUUGUAAGUGUUACCCAUCUUAAUGAUCAUUUACAAAUGCACUGUGGCAGCAAACCCUAUAUCUGUAUUCAGAUGAAAUGUAAGGCUAGCUUUAACAGUUAUGCAGAACUUCUGGGUCACAGAAAAGAGCACCCAAUCUUCAGGGCAAAGUGCAUGUUUCCUAAAUGUGGAAGAGUUUUUUCAGAAGCAUAUUUGCUUUAUGAUCAUGAAGCACAGCAUUAUAAUACCUUCACCUGCAAAUUUGCAGGUUGUGGGAAAGUUUACCGUUCACAGACUGAAUUAGAAAAACAUCUUGAAGAUCACACUAAAUCUGAAAAAAUACAACAGUCUGAUGGUGACCCUGUUGUACAGUCUGAGGUAGAGACCACUGUGCCUCAGCCUCAGCCUCUGAAAGGCAAUGAAGAUGACACUGUUUUUCCUCAGUCUUUGGAAGAAAAUGAGAGUGUUGAAGAAAUCCAUCCAGAAAAAGCAUUGAUGCUGCCCCUUGGAAAUAGCUUAAAUAAUUCUUUCAAAGAAGAAAACUAUGUCACAGAGCAAAUCAAAGAUGAAUCAUUUUUGACCGAAAGAACAAGAAUACCAGUAAUUGUACAAGAACAGAUUAAUCCAAUCUCCACUGGAAGCAUAGAGCAAUCCAUACAAGCGCCAGCAAAGCCAGAACCAGUAGUUCUAGCCAGCAAUGCUUUGAUGCCUCUCUUGGGUCAAAAAAUUCGAGAAAAUAUGGCAAGGAAGGGUAAACUACCUCCUGGAAUUACUAAAAUAGAUAGCAGUGCAGCUGUAAUACAGCAGUUAUGCUCAACCGUAGAAGAUACUUGCAAUGAUCUUGCAAUUUUCCUGGAAACAAAGGAACCUGGUAGUGUUAGUGAAUCCCAAACCGUUUCCCUUAAUUCAUGCAAGCUUGAACCUGAAGUCCUUUCAACAAAAAGCCCAGAAAAAGAGAGAAACCAUUUAUCACUCAUGCAGAAUGAGUUGGAUUAUCAAAAUUCACCUCUCCCCAAGUCUCAGCUUGAAGAAAACAUUAUCAGUGCUUCGAAUCUGUACAAUCUCCCUUUGAAGACUUUAGAAGGAGUUACACUUGCUCCAGCCCAGAACAGCUUAGGCCCUCCUUUUGUUCCAGCCAUACCAUUAUCAUCUCCAGUUCAGAAGUUCACCUGCCAGGUUGAGGGAUGUACUCGAAUCUACAAUUCUUCUCAGAGCAUUGGUAAACAUAUGAAAACAGCACAUCCUGAUCAAUAUGCUACAUUUAAGAUGCAGCACAAGAACAAAAAAAGUCGAAAAGCAGGCAGUUUGCAAAAUUUGCCAAAUGAUAACAAAACUGUUUAUUUUUUAACAUCACAAGUUACUCCCACUAGCAAUGCUUUUCCUCAACAAGCUAAUAACAGUUUUAAUUCUACAUGUACAAGUCAGUUACAGCAGUUAUCUAAUGCUCUUUUUCCAACACGUCUGGAAAGUAUGAGUAAUUCGUUGUUACCUAAUGAAAAUGGUAUAAAUACAUGUCUCUCUUCCACUAUUAAAAAUGAGCCAGAAGAUACAUUAAGUUCUCAAAUGGGAAGUCUGUCUAAUGCAACUUUACCUUCCCAGUUAGAUGAACUAGAAAGACCAGUCAUGCCCCUAAACAUUGACAGUGGUUCAGAUCCUUUCCUUCCUUUACCUGCAGAAAAUGGUCCAAUUUCUCUUUUCUCAUCCUCAGCUGAUAAUUGCCCAACUUCUGUCUUUUCACAAAUGGAAAACAGUAUCAAUCAUUUUUCCUCCCAACUAGAAGGAAACACUAAUUCUUUUCCAAAAGAUGAAAGUGUUGAUGUGCUCUUCCCUUCACAAGUGAAUAAUGAGAACUUCAGUGAAACCACUCCACAACUUCUGGUAGCAGAAAAAGCAAAAAAGGAUCGUAGGCGAGGUCCAGAUGGAAAAGACAAAAAACCAAAACAUAAUAAACGGGCAAAAUGGCCAGCAAUUAUCAGAGAUGGCAAAUUUAUUUGUAGUAGAUGCUACAGAGUGUUUUCCAAUCCCAGAUCACUUGGUGGUCAUCUUUCUAAACGGUCCUACUGUAAACCCCUGGAUGAAUCAGAAAUUUCUCCUGAAGCUCUGCAGCUUAAUGGGCAGUCUUCUCUACUUGCUAGUAUGAUUCUUUCUUCAAAUGCUUUAAAUUUACAGCAACAACAGGAGUCAGCUUUUAAUCCAGAAGUGUGUUUCAAAGAGCCAUCAUUUCUACAGCUGCUUGCUACAGAAAAUCGGACUGCUGCUUUUUUGCAAAAUUUGUUUCCACGGACCAAUAUAACUAGCAUCAAUACAAGUGAAAAUGAUGAAGGAAGUGAAAUUAUCAAACAAGCCUUGGAAACUGCAGGCAUUCCAAAUACUUUUGAUGCUGCGGAGAUGUUACCACAUAUAAUGACAACUAGUUGUAUCACUGGUAGUUCUCAAAUAAGUGCAACAGUUUUGCCAAGUCCAGGUGUGUCACCCUUGUUAUCAACAGUUUGCAACCCAACUACCUUGCUAACAGACCAAAAUAAAACACUUAAUGCCAAAAUUUCAUCAGUAGAAGAAUGCAGCAAUUUACCAGUAUUUCCAGAUGAUUUAAUACUUAAGACUAUUGAAAAUGGUUUAUGUUCCAAUGUAGUUUCUAAUUCUGAUGCCCCUACACAUAAUUUUGGAAACAGCACAUCACGAAUUUCAGUCAUAAGUAGUAUCAAAGGUUCAGAAUUUUGUAGCUUGGAUAAAAGGGGGGCGUGUAGUUCAAAGAAAAAGAAAAAAGCAGCUACUUCAUUAGUUGUGCCUAACAUUUCACAGAAACUAGUAAUUAAUGAUUUGACAUCAUUGGAAAUUCUAGACAGAAAUGUUGAAGGAAAUGUGCAAAUACCUGCAGAGAAGUUGCAGUCAAAUGUACUGGCAAACUGUGACACUGAAGUGUUAAUAGAGAAUCUAACACAAAAAAUGAGUAGUGUGGACAAUGAAUUAACUGCCAAUGUUAAAGAGAACUUCAAAACUAGUCAUGAAACCCCUGUGGAAAUAGCUCAUCUAUUAGUAAAAGAUGAAAAUAGUAAUUCUCAGGUCACUCUAGGCUCCUGCAUUCAAGAAAAUACUAAUUUUGGUUCUUCAGAAGAUAGUGUUAUUCAGAAUUUUGAAAAAACUCUUGAAAUAAUUAAAACAGCAAUGAACUCUCAGGUUGUUGAAGUUAAAAGUGAAGCCCAAGAGGUGUCAAUUGAAUUGUUAGAAAGACCACAAAUUAGAACUGUUGAGUGUGCUUUGGAAAACCCUUCGCACAACAUUAAACCAGCUGAACCCAGUGAACAAAUAGUACACACACAGAAUAUCAUUCUUGCCAAAACUAACCUUUCUCAAUCAGAAAUCUUGCAGAAAGAUGAUAACCAGAUCAUGGAAAUUUUAGAAGGAUUGAAAAAGCUGAAAUUGGAAAGUGAAACAUCAAGCCAGGUAUUUGACAAUAUAAUUCAUUGUCUUCCCUCAGAUGCACUGUUGCCACAAAUUCCUGUUCCAGUUAUAACAGCUGAGAGCACAUCUCUUGUCCAGCCAGUUUCAGAAACGCGUCCUCACAUUGGUGAAAAAGUCCAUAAGCCAUUUAUGUGCCAGGCUCCAGGCUGUAAUUAUAGUGCUAUGACAAAGGAUGCAUUAUUUAAACACUACAGCAAAAUACAUCAAUACACUGCAGAAAUGAUAUUAGAAAUCAAGAAACACCAGUUGAAAUAUGCUCCAUUCAAAUGUGUUGUAGCUACCUGUCCAAAAACAUUUACUAGAAAUUCUAACCUCCGAGCACACUGUCAAUUAGUGCAUCACUUCACAACAGAGGAAAUGGUAAAAUUAAAACUAAAAAGGCCAUAUGGAAGAAGAUCCCAGAAUAAAACUGCAAGCUUAAUUCAAAGGUCGAUUGAACUAAAAAAUGUUGAACUAAAAAAAUAUGUGUUAAUGGAAAGUAAAAAUCAAUCCCAGUUGACUGAAGAACUUGAAGUAAAGGAAGAAAGGUAUAUAGAACCUGAGAAAGUUCCAGAAAAGGUGAUGCCAGAAAUAGUGAUGCCAGAAAGUAUUCCUGCUGCUCUUGAAAAUUUUGAAAAGCCUUCACAAGUAGUUCUGGUUCCUCUAGAGCUUCAUAGUGUAGCCCCACUUAAUAAUACACAGGUUCAGCCAAAAGUACGCAAGAUUAGAAGACAUAGGAAGGAAAAGGAAGAAAGAAAACAUAAAAAAAUAGUACACAAACCGUUGGAAUUUCCUACUACGUAUAGUCCAUACAGACCUUACAGGUGUGUGCACCAAGGCUGUUUUGCCGCUUUUACAAUACAACAGAAUUUGAUUCUUCAUUAUCAGGCUGUACAUAAAUCUGAUCUGCCAUCAUUCUCUCAGGAGGCAGAAGAAGAAAGUGAGCCAAGCAAAGAUGAGGAUAUUGGUAAAGAAGAAGAUUGUGAAGAAACUGAAAGUACAGUAAAAGAAUUCAGAUGUGAGGUGAGAAAUUGCUCAAGGAUAUUUCAAAAAGUUACUAGUCUUAUUCAGCACUAUAUGAAACUUCAUGAGAUGACUCCAGAGGAAAUUGGUAGUGUGAGGUCAGCCCUGGAUGUUGGAAGAUUCCCCUGUGAUCAGUCUGAAUGUAAAUCAUCCUUUACAGAAUAUGUUAAUUAUAUUAUACAUCUUGAGACAGAUCAUGGAAUAAAGAUAAAGCAGAACAAAACAGACGAUGGCAUGUACAAGUGUGACUGUGAAGGCUGUGACCGUAUUUAUGCAACAAGGUCUAAUCUCUUACGGCAUAUUUUUAAUAAGCAUAAUGAGAGACAUAAAGACCAUCUAAUAAGACCUAGAAGAUUCCUUACACCAGGUCAAGAAAAUAUUUCAAGCAAAGCUAAUCAGGAAAAAAAUAUGAAAAUUAAAUAUAAAGGAUUAAAAUACAGAGCAGGAAAGCAUGGAAACAAAAUAAUCAGGAUGAGGCGAAAGAAGGUUAUUGCUAUACAAAACAAAAACUUCAAAAUGGGUCAGGCUUCUGACAGUAAGGCAUAUUCUUUAAAAUGUGGGAAGUAUGUGUAUUCAAUAAAGGCUAGGGAUGAGGCCUUAUCUGAAUGCACAAACAAAUUUGUAAUGCAAUAUCCUUGUAUGAUAAAAGGCUGUUCAUCAGUUGUCACAAGUGAAAAUAAUAUAAUUAGGCAUUAUAAAUGUCACAAGUUGUCUAAAGCAUUUACUUCACAACACAGGCAUCUCUUAAUUGUCUCAAACAAGUAUGCAGAUUCAGAAGAAAAAGAAGCACCUUCACAGAAAGAAGCAAGUGAUGUCAAAAGCUGUGAUUUAAAAGAAUUGGAGCCACAUACAUCAAAUGUCUCUGCAGACUUGAAACCCCCUCCACCAGUGGUGCAGAAAGAACCUGAAAAGAGUGAGAAGGAUGAGGUGGAUGAACUUGCAGAAUUGUUCAUUACCAAACUUAUAAAUGAAGACCUCACAAGUUUAGAGAACCAUGCAAAACCCACUCCUGAUGUAAAUAGUGACUAUCAAGAAACUAGCUCUUCCGUUACAGAACAGCAGGGCGUAAACAGUAAUUUAAAAAGGACAAGCAAAGAAAAAAUUGCAACACAAAAUAAAAAGAAAAAAGUUGAGAAGCAGGAAGAAGUCUUGGCUGUUGAAUUAAGUAGUGUGCACAGAGAGGAGGAAACUGCAGUUGCAGUUCAAACUACUGAAGAAGAUUCUUCAGCUUUUGCCUGGAGUUCAUUUAAGCCCAUGGGGUUUGAAGUAUCUUUUCUCAAGUUCCUCGAAGAGUCUGCAGUGAAGCAAAAGAAAAAUACAGAGAGGAGCUACAAUAAUUGUGGAACUAGGAAAGGUUCUCAUUCAAAAUCGAGAAAAUCUAAUGACAAGAACUCUUUUGCAAGACGAAGAUCAUAUUCAGAAAGUGAAACAUAUGUACAGUUUGUUAACACAUCACAAUUUCAGUGUAGUGGUACUGUAAAAAUAGUUUUAGAUAAGACUUUUAAAGAUUGCACUGAGCUUGUGUUGAAGCAACUUCAGAAAAUGAAACCUAUUGUCAGUCUGGCAAGAGUUGAUGAACAUGGAGAGGCAAAAGCAGAGGUUACAAAAUAAUCAGGUAAUAUGAGUGGACUCCUUGUUCCAAUGGUGUCUAAAUGUGACCUGUACUGCAUUUUUAAAAGUAGGAAGCCAUUGAGCAUGAUGCUAUUUCUUAAGGUUUUCUUUUGAAGUGAUUUAACCUAGCAAAAUUCAUGACAGUUGUCAUGUAAUUUUAUUUGUUUUUAUCCCUAUGGGACUUGGAACAGAAUCAUUGUUUCAGUUUUGUAAAUAAUUGAUCAAAAACCUCAAUUUUUUUAUCAAAUGUCCCUUUUCCAUGACUGAAAUCUUUGUGAAAUUGUCUGUGGUAUCGUUCACCAGUCACUGCUCAUAUAUAACAGUACUUUUUAUUUGUAGAUACGUUUUUGUAUAUAUUUAUUAUUGUAAAUCAUUUGCUGCAACCAGCAGUCUGUAAGUCUGAAAUAUUAAAUGACACAUUUAUAUUCAGAAUUUUAAUUUGUAACUAAGUGAUUAUGUUUUUUUUAAAAAAUGUUCUUUUAAACUUAAAACUUUUUGAAGUAAAGACUAGGUAAGUCUACCAUAUCUAGUUUAUUUUGCAUAGGGUAUGUGUACAGGACAGAAACUUGGAUCAGAUCACACAUGGUUAAAAUACAUACUGACACAGUUGUAUUUGUAACUUGAAACAUCCAGUGUCUUUGGAUGGUAUUGAGCUAUAGUUCUCAGAACGUUUUCAUGCAACUGCACUUGCAUUGCUUUUGAGUGGAUCUAAAACUCUUCCACUUCCAUAAUAUAAUGUAAAUGUAAAUUUUAAAUAGUUUGCUGACAUGGAAGAUUUAAACAACAGUUUGGUAUUGAAUAACCCAUCGUGAAUGUGAUAGAAAAUUAGUAGUGUGGAGCACUGUAUAUAUUUGAGGUGGUGAUUUGUGAAGUAGCCCAGUAUUGCCUUAAAUAAAAUCACAUUUCAAUUCUU